CAUUAAACAUUUCAACAAUCAUUUUUUUUCUUGAUAAUUAAACUUAAAACAUCAUAUUAAUCAUGUCAGGAUCAGGUUCUCCUUGUGGGGCUUGCAAGUUCUUGAGAAGAAAAUGUGUAAGGGGUUGUGUUUUUGCCCCUUAUUUUUGCCAUGAACAAGGUCCUGCCCAUUUUGCAGCCAUUCAUAGGGUUUUUGGUGCUAGCAAUGUCUCUAAACUUCUUGCUCACCUGCCUGUUAGCGGUCGAUGCGAAGCAGCCAUUACCAUCGCGUAUGAAGCUCAAGCAAGGCUUCAAGAUCCCAUUUAUGGCUGUGUUUCACAUAUUUUUGCACUUCAACAACAGGUGGUUAGCUUACAAUCCCAACUAGCUUCUUUGAAAGCACAAGCUGCAACUCGAAGUGUGCUCAAUGGUUCCGGAUCAAACUAUCCUUCUUACACACCUCCGCAAGAUAUCCACACUUGGUUUCAACAAUUUGAAAAUUCAUGCAUAAAUAGGCCCCAAUUUGAUCAGAAAACUAGCCUCAACAACAUGAACAACACCAUGAAUUUCAACUCCAUGGGCGAAAACUACGAGAAUACAUAUCUCAAAGAAGAAGAAGGAUCAUUUUCCAGCUUCCAAGAAGGUUCAAGUUACUCCAUUGAUUCAUUGGACAUGCAAAUAAGUCACAACAAAGAAUGGGCUUUCCAAGAGAAUACCGAAGACCUUCAUUCGGUGGCCUUCGGCUAUGUUCACCGUUAGUUAGAUCCCGAUUAGAGAUCUCAAGAUCAGCUUUGGAUCAACUAAAGUAUUAUAUAAUAAGAUUAAAAUAGGCCACCUAGUAAACCCUAGAAUAUGUUUAUAAGUUUGGAAACCCUAAAUUUUGUGUAACUUUGGAUAUGAUCCGUUUAAUAUUAGUUUAUAAAGUCUUGAUCAGAAGAAAAUCUGCUGUUUAAUUGUGAGCUAUGU